CCUAUCCCACGUCACAUACGGAGUAUGAACCCCAGAAACAAUUGAAGCUCGAUAUGUUCUUUUGUUUACUUUUACUGCCCUUAGGAGUUUGGAGCUGGGCUACACAUGGACUGAAUCAUUCGGAUUUCAUCCUUCACCUAUCGCGAUCAGACAAGUCAACAACAUAUGUAUAUACGGCUUCCGUGCCUGCAGCUAUAUCUGCAGAUCUUAUUCUGUAUUUAGGUACUUUCUGAUCAAUUGUUGGACCAGCUGCUGCCUCAAACAGAACUCCAAGCUUUCUUCUUUGGACACAGCUGCUUCUUCACCCAGCGCAGUUCUAGCGUUGGGAAAAAUGAAAGCAUUUUGGAACUGCUUAUAAUAUCAUCAACAAGUAAUUCAUUCUGGAAGUGUGCCAAAGGAAAAAAUUACUCAAUAAGUGAUAGUCUUGUGAAGUUCGUAUAUACAUUCAUAUUGCCGGAAUUCAAGCACGUUUCCUAGCUCCUCCAGGAUCAAGGUUUCCGACUUUAUACAUUGAUCGAAGCGGCCCGCGGUUAGCAGCUUUUGCCAUUUAUCUCACAAAUUGUAUAUAUCGCGACCAACCUUUUCACCAGAAUUGUAAUGGCAGAGUCAGAACCUUUACUGCAAGAGAAAAUGGAGGUCCCCCAUUGUGAGUUUCAGUAGAGACUCCUCAGAAUCAUGGCUAAUAUUGCUCAAGCAACUUUCACAUUAGCCAAACCGGAUCGCCGAGGUCGAAUACUUCCGCAAGCUAUUGCGCAUCGAGGAUACAAAGCUGCGAAUCCAGAGAAUACCAUGGGCGCAUUUAGAGGUGCUGUUGAAGUGGGAGCGCAUGCGAUAGAAACCGACUUGCACAUCACCAAGGACGGGGUUUUGGUUAUUUCACAUGUGUGUUGUAACCUUAAAAAGUACAUUCCCGGCGAGAACGAUGGCUGACGCUCCUCAAGGACCCAAGCCUUAAGAGAUGUUUUGGAGAAGAUAAAAAAGUCAUAGAUUGCGACUGGCCAUACAUAUCUACCCUUCGCACACUCCAGGCGCCCCACGAACCGAUGCCCCGCCUUAGAGAUCUCUUAGAAUACCUCACUACACCUGGACUAGAAGACAUAUGGAUAUUGUUAGACAUUAAGGUACCUUUACCAUGUGCCGUAUUGUUUUGAAAAGGCAUCGAGUUAACGGGAGCAAAAAGCUUGAUAAUAAUGCAGAUGAAAUAAUGAGUUUAAUCGCUUCGACCAUUGAAGAGGUGAAACCAACGAGACCUUGGAAUCAGAGAAUUUUAUUAGGCUGCUGGGCAGUACGUUAUUUGCUUCUCACCUAAAUUCUUUCACAUCGACUAUCGUUCUAUGAUUUACUAACAUACAACCAACUUAGGCCAAGUACCUUCCUCUUUGCGCCAUUUACCUGCCCGAUUUCCCCAUAACACACAUCGGAUUCUCCAUAGCAUAUGCGAGGGAGUUUCUAUCUGUACCUAAUAUCAACUUCAACAUGCUACGACAGAUUUUAGCCGGGCCUCGUGGUACUAAAUUUAUGGCUGAUACCAGAGCUGCAAAACGAUCCAUGUUAGUAUGGACUGUUAAUGAAGAGCAGUGGAUGAGAUGGUGUAUCAAGAAAGAGGUGGAUGGAGUUAUUACUGAUGAUCCAAAGAAGUAUCUGAAAGUAUGUGAAGAAUAUGAUUCUGCAGAUUCCAACAAGGUUGGCUUUGGAUUCAAGGAUUGGAUGUUGAUUAUAUGGCUCAAUGUGUUGGCCAUGCUAUUUUCAUGGCUGGUCAGGUGCAGAUUUGGCUUUAAAAUAGACAAGGAGAAGGUUAGAGAAGGUUAUGAGACGUCGAGGCGAAAACGCGGUUUGUCUUCAUGACACAUUGGGACUAGAGUAUUAUGACAAUUAGCGAAUACCCAGGCAAUUCUCCCGAGUUUUAUGUCACAAGCUUCACAUGAUUCACGGUAAAAGGUUCGAGGCGCUUCGAUUAUCGAAAAUAAGAAAGUGAAGAAAUGGAAAUUUGUUGAUUACGGU